UCAUCCUUCCCUAGAAACCCUGGAGUGGUUUUCUCUGGGUAACUGACACGGCCCCUCAGCCUCAAAGCGCUCCUCUACCAUGGUUCCUUCUGGCCUCCAAAUCGUCUAUCAGACUUGUCUUUGCCCUAGGAAACUUUAAAUUUCCUUUCAAAGCCUUCAGGUUACCAAGCAAGGCACAGUGAUGGGUGGAGGCGGUUGCCAUGGAGACGGGUCCAAGGCCAGGGUCUGUGGAGGGGGUAGACCCGAGCUCCGGUUCUGAUUGGCUCCACAAGCACGCAGCGUUCUCCUAGCGCACAUGCGCAGUGGGGGCGAGGCGAGGUCGCAGCGAAGCCGGGGUGCUUGGUUCCGAGCUGGGCUUCUCAGGACAGUACUGGGACUUGCGGCUCCUGUCCGAGUCGCGUUGUGCUUCCAGGAGAAGGGAAGUGGUGGCGCCAGAGGCCCCUCUACAGCGCAGUACUGAGUCCGCCACGCAGGCGCCAGUGACGCCGCCGCCAUUGUUGCCCGUGGCCUCUUGGGCCGUUCAGACUGCGCGGCGACCGGGUCCCAGCGACAGAAUGACACUUCAAGCAGUUGGCUCAUUACUGGAGAAAUAAAGGAUAUUGCCAGAUUGAAUAUCCUGUCUGUAACAAUGUUAGCCUCAAGAAAGAGGAUGAACAGUUCUUCACGCUCCCAAAUCCUUCUAAUGUGGAAACCAGACAAGGCCCAAAGUGGACCUCACAAUUUUGAAAAGCAGACUCUUACUUCAAAACUCUUGCGUGAUACUGAGACCUGUCGACAGAAUUUUAGGAAUUUUCCAUACCCAGACAUGGCUGGUCCUCGAAAGGCAUUGAGUAAACUCCGAGAGCUCUGCCUUAAGUGGCUGAGACCUGAGAUUCACUCAAAGGAACAAAUCCUGGAGCUGCUGGUGCUAGAGCAAUUCCUAACCAUCCUUCCAGGGGAGGUUAGAACAUGGGUAAAGUCCCAGUAUCCAGAGAGCACAGAGGAAGUGGUGACUUUGGUGGAAGAUUUGACUCAGAUUCUACAAGAGGAAGCUUCUCAGAACUCUGCCCUUUCCCAAGAAACUCCAGAGGAAGACACCAGAGGAAAACAUAUUUUCCAGGCAGGGUGGCUCAAUGACUUGGUGACUGAAGAAUCAGUGACAUUCAAAGAUGUGGCUGUGGACAUUACUCAAGAGGACUGGGAGCUAAUGCGUCCUGUACAGAAGGAACUGUACAAGACUGUGACAUUGCAAAACUAUUGGAACAUGGUUUCUCUAGGACUGACUGUGUACAGACCAACUGUGAUCCCCAUAUUGGAAGAACCAUGGAUGGUGAUAAAAGAAAUUUUAGAAGGCCCUAGUCCAGAAUGCAAAACUGAAGCCCAAGCAUGUAUUCCAAUAGAGAAUAUUCCUAAACUCAAACAGGAUGGAACACAAACCAUCAAGUUAGAAGAACUGUAUGACUAUGAUGAUGGAUUAGAGAGGCAAGCAACAGAUACCUUCAGGAAAAUUCCCACAAAUGAAAGAGAUUUCAGUUUGAAGUCAGUCUUUUCACAAGAAGAUGAUCCUACCGAGGAAUAUCUUAGUAAAUAUGACAUAUAUAAAAAUGAUUUUGAAAAGCAUUUAAACCUAACUGGACAGUUUGAUACCCAAUCAGAUAAUAAAACUUUUACGUAUAAUGAAGACAAGCCAGUCUUCAAUAAUUUCACAUACGGUACUGUAUAUAGGAAAAUACUUCCUGGAGAUAAGCCUUAUAAGUGUAAUGUGUGUGGGAAAAAAUUUAGGAAAUACCCAUCCCUCCUGAAACACCAAAGUAGCCAUGCCAAAGAGAAAUCUUAUGAAUGUGAAGAAUGUGGGAAAGAGUUUAGGCAUAUUUCAUCCCUUAUUGCACAUCAGAGAAUGCAUACUGGAGAAAAACCAUAUGAAUGCCACCAAUGUGGUAAAGCCUUCAGCCAGCGUGCACACCUUACUAUACAUCAGCGAAUUCAUACUGGAGAGAAACCCUAUAAGUGUAAUGAUUGUGGAAAAGACUUUAGUCAGCGUGCACAUCUUACUAUACAUCAAAGGACCCAUACUGGAGAGAAACCAUAUAAAUGCUUGGAAUGUGGUAAAACCUUCAGCCAUAGUUCAUCACUGAUAAAUCAUCAGAGAGUUCAUACUGGAGAAAAACCUUAUAUAUGCAAUGAAUGUGGGAAAACUUUUAGUCAGAGUACACACCUUCUUCAGCAUCAAAAAAUACAUACUGGAAAGAAACCAUAUAAAUGCAAUGAGUGUUGGAAAGUGUUUAGUCAGAGCACUUACCUUAUUCGACAUCAGAGAAUUCAUUCUGGAGAGAAGUGUUAUAAAUGUAAUGAGUGUGGAAAGGCCUUUGCUCAUUCCUCAACUCUUAUUCAACAUCAGACUACUCACACUGGAGAGAAAUCCUAUAUAUGUAAUAUAUGUGGGAAAGCUUUCAGCCAGAGUGCAAACCUUACUCAGCAUCAUAGGACACAUACUGGAGAGAAACCAUAUAAAUGCAAUGUAUGUGGGAAAGCAUUCAGCCAGAGUGUGCACCUGACACAACACCAGAGGAUUCAUAAUGGCGAAAAACCUUUUAAAUGCAAUAUAUGUGGGAAAGCAUAUAGACAGGGUGCAAAUCUUACUCAGCAUCAAAGGAUCCAUACUGGAGAGAAACCCUAUAAAUGUAACGAAUGUGGGAAAGCUUUUAUUUAUUCCUCUUCACUUAAUCAACAUCAGAGAACUCAUACUGGUGAGAGACCCUAUAAAUGUAAUGAAUGUGACAAAGAUUUUAGCCAGAGAACAUGCCUUAUUCAACACCAGAGAAUUCACACAGGCGAGAAACCCUAUGCAUGUCGAAUAUGUGGUAAAACCUUCACCCAGAGUACAAACCUUAUUCAGCAUCAGCGAGUUCAUACAGGUGUCAAGCAUCGUAAUUAGUGGAUAUUGAAGACUUCAUUUAGGUUUUUCAGUUUGAUCACUUAAAUUUUAUUUUGUGUGCUCUGUGUGUUAAAACAUUAUUCAAAAGAAAUCCGAAGAAGUGCAAUAUAUAUUAGCUAUCACUCAGCAGAAGUAUCAGAAUUCAUAAUAUGGAUGUACUCGUGAAAACUGUGAAAUGUAAAAAAGGAAACUUAAUUGACUUAACCUUUAUUUGAUAUCAGUUUAACUCAUUCUAGAAAGAAACCCUAUGAAAAAAUACAGUGGACCCUUGACUUAUGAACUCACUUUGUUCAUGAGAGCUGAUUGUAACUCAUAUUGCUCAAUUGAAGGCUUGGGCUCCUCUAUACAGCCUUCAUAGUGUUUCUCCUGUAUAAUUUUAGGCCACACCUUCUUCCAGGCAGGUCUCAGUGUCCUUAGACAUUGGCCC